AAUAUAAUAAAAUAUUUGAUACAUCAACACCAACAAUUGCUAAAACAACGAUACCACAUACCAUACGUACAGCUGAUAAUCCUCCUGUGAAUUCAAGACCGUACCGUGGAUCAGAACAACAACAACAUGCUCUUCGUAAUAUUCUUAAAAAUAUGUCUGCAAGUCAUCAGAUUCGUCCUUCCACAUCUCCAUGGUCGUCACCUGUAUUAUUAGUGAAGAAGAAGGAUGGUGAUUACAGGUUUGUCGUUGAUUAUCGGAAGUUGAAUAAUGUCACGGUUAAGGAUUCAUUUCCAAUUCCAACAAUUGAAUCAGCAUUGAAACAACUAUCGGGCCAUUCAUAUUUUACGAAAUUAGAUUUAAAAAGUCCUGCAACAUUUGUGGUCAAACUUGAAGAUCCAGAAGAAGAUGAUAAUCCUAAUUUCACUAAGCAAGUUACUACAUGUGAUAUGAAACGUGUUAUUACGCGCGAUAUUUGA